AGUUAAAUAUAAUAGAAGCAGUUUUACUUACGCUUAGUUAAAGCUUUUUAUUAUUAAAACUUAGUGCAACAGAACUUAAAACGCGAGUAUACAUAAUUGUUGUUAUUUAAACUUUACUGAAGAAUUAUUGAGAACGCAAUACCAAUAGAACACCAAUAGAAUUUUUUCAAAGUUUGAGGAGAACAUGCAAUAAUGGAUCAAAAAGAGAAAAAAGGUAAGUCCCUUGGUGGAAAACCAACAGACACUUCUCAAUCACAAACAAAACCAAACAUAUCUCCAACAUUGAAAGAAAAAGCAGAAGAAGACUCUGCAGUUCAAGCUGUGCAAGAAUCUGCAACAACUAUAGCAAAAAAAACUAAUAUUGGAUCAAAGAAAGUGGUUUAUCCACAACAAACAAAUGUUAAUAUUAAAAAAGUGCAAACUAAAUGCACCGAAGAAAAACAACCUGAAGAACCGUUGCAAGAUCCUUUGAUGGAACGUCCAGGAGGAUCUUCAGUAACUCCAGCUAACAAAAUAAAUAUUGGCCCUAAGAAAGUAGUUGAUCCAAUACGCGUCAACGAAAAUACUAAAAAAGAACAAUUCAAACAGAUAGAAGAAAAGCAAGCUGACGAACCAUUAGAGGGUCCUUUAAAGGAAACACCACAAGGAUCUACAGCAGCUCCCGCAAGGAAAAGGAUUAUUGAAUUGAAAAAUGCAGGUACUUCGCAGCGUGCCAAUGUUUAUACUAAAAAAUGGCAAACUAAACUAACUAAAGAAAAGCAACCUGUUGAAAUAGUGCAAGGUCCAUUGAUAGACCUUUCUCAGGAAUCUACAGCAACUCAGGCAAACAAAAAUAAUAUUGUGUCCAAGAAAACAGUUCAGCUACAGCGAACAAAUCCUAAUACUAACAAAAGGCAAACUAAAGUUACAAAAGAAAAGCAGCCUGACAAACCAUCACAAGAUCCUUUAAUGGAAACUACACAAGCUAUUUCAGCAAACAAGAACAAUAUUGGUUUCAAGAAACUGGUUAAUCCAGUGCAAGCAAAUGCUAAUGUUAAGAAAGGGUCAACCAUGCAACCUGAUAAACCAUUGCAAGAUCCUUUGAUGGAACCUUUACAAGCUACUUCAGUAAACAAAAAGAAUAUUGGUUCCAAAAAAUUGGUUAAUCCAGUGCAAGCAAAUGCUAAUGUUAUGAAAGGCUCAACCAAGCAGGCAGAAAAGAAGCAAGCUGAGGAACCAGCCACCAGUCGUGCGGUGGUGCCUUCACAAGGAUCCACAACAGCUCAAUCAAACAAAAAGGAUAUUGAGUUGAAGAAAGUAGUACGUUCACAGCAAGCUAAUUCCAAUAUUAAUAAAGAGAAAUCUAAACUGACAGAAGAUGAGCAACCGAAUGAGCCAUUAGAAGAACCUUUAUUAGAACUACCUUCCACCUCUGCUGCAGCUCAAGCAUAUAUAAAGAAUAUUGAAUCCAAAAAGGCAAUUCUUAAUCGAGCGGUUACGGCUACUACACUAAUAGAAAAAACUAAAUAUUCGCAAGUAAACACAAAAGGUGACAUAAACAUGAAAGAUAUUGAUGCUAAACCUGGAAUAGCUACAAAGCCGGUAAAUGCUAAAUUAAAAGAAAUCACUGAACAGAAAGAAAAAAAGCAACUUGAUAAAGUAGUAAUUUCUACAAACAAAAAGAAUGUCGAAUCCAAAAAAGUAGUAACUCCAAGGAUGUCAGUCACUAAACAAGCAGAGAAAAAGCAAGCUGAAGAACCAUUGCAAGGUCGCAAAGGAAAAACAAUAGCUGAACAAAAAUCUGAUAAAAAACAAUUUAUGGAGUCUCCAGAACAAUCUACAGCAACUUCUGAAAACAAACAAAUCGAGUCUAAAAAUGUAGUGAUUCGAAAGGCUACAGUUACUACCACUAAACAGAAGGAGAUUAUAAAGACUAAACAGAGAGAUGAAGCAGUGAAUGAAUGUUUUGUAAAACUUCCACCGAGAUCAACUACAAGUCCUGUGGGUGGAAAGGGUACAGAUUCCAAAAAGGUAAUAUUACCAAAACGCGCAGUUACAUACACUAAAUUUAAAGGAAAAACUGAACAAAAACAAGAAAAGAAACUUAAUAAACCACUACAAGAUCCUAUACUGGAACCACUGCCAAAAACUGCGGCUGGUUCAGUAAAGCAAAUGCCAAAGCGAGCUGACACUUAUGUAAUAAAACGGAAAACUGAACAAAAAGAUAAAAAACAAUUAGAUGAGUCACCGCAAAAUUCCCUGAUGGAAUCUCUGCAAGAAUCUGCAACAACUUCCGCAAGUAAAAUAACUAUUCAAUCCGACAAGGGAUCAAUUUCUAAGGAGUUAGGAAGUGGUGCUUCCACUAAACAGAAAGAAAUAAAUGAAAGAAAACAAAAAGCGGGAAAGCAAUCCAAUGAGCCAUUGCAAGAUCUUUCUGUGGUGUGUCCAAAGCGAUCUACUACAGCUCCUGCAUGCGGAAAGGCUAUGGAGUCUAAAAAGAUAGUAAUUCCAAAGCGGGCAGCGACGUGUACUAGAUUUAAAGAAAAAAUCGAACGGAAAAAAGAAAAGCAGCCAGAAUCUCCACAAGAGUCUACCGCAAUUUCUGAAAAGUCAAAGGAUGUUGAUUGUCAAAAGGAAGUAUUUCCUAAGCGGGUUAUUACUCAGACUAAACAAAAAGAAAUAAAAAAAAUCGAACAAAAACAGUCUCCUUUGCAACGGUUCACAAGAUUUUCUAUGAGCAGAAAGUUAAUUGAACCAAAAAAGGUAGAAAUUUCAAAUCAGACACUCGCUUCUACUAAACCAAAGGUUAAAACAGAAACUGAGCCGGAAACAGAGAAACAACUUGAUGAGCCACUACCAGAUUCUUUAGCGGAAUCUCCACAAAAAUCUCCGGUAACUUCUCAAACUAAAAAGAUAGAUAUUUCAAAGCGGGCAAGCAGUUUUACUAAACUAAAACACAAACCUGAAACUGAACGCAAAGAGAAAAGUUUACAACAGACACUAGCUUCUACUAAACCAAAGGUUAAAACAGAAACUGAGCCGGAAACAGAGAAAGAACGUGAUGAGCCACUACCAGAUUCUUUAGUGGAGUCUCCACAAAAAUCUCCGGUAACUUCCCAAAAUAAAAAGAUAGAUAUUUCAAAGCGGGUAAGCAGUUCUACUAAACUGAAACGCAAACUUGAAACUGAACGCAAAGAGAAAAGUUUAGAACAGACACUUUCUUCUACUAAACCAAAGGUUAAAACAGAAACUGAGCUGGAAACAGAGAAAGAACUUGAUGAGCCACAACAAGAUUCAUUAGUGAAAUCUCCACAAAAAUCUCCGGUAACUUCCCAAACUAAAAAGAUAGAUAUUCCAAAGGCGGCAAGCAGUUCUACUAAACUAAAACGCAAACUUGAAACUGAACGCAAAGAGAAAAGUUUACAACAGACACUAGCUUCUACUAAACCAAAGGUUAAAACAGAAACUGAGCCGGAAACAGAGAAAGAACGUAAUGAGCCACUACCAGAUUCUUUAGUGAAAUCUCCACAAAAAUCUCCGGUAACUUCCCAAAAUAAAAAGAUAGAUAUUUCAAAGCGGGUAAGCAGUUCUACUAAACUGAAACGCAAACUUGAAACUGAACGCAAAGAGAAAAGUUUAGAACAGACACUUUCUUCUACUAAACCAAAGGUUAAAACUGAAACUGAGCCGGAAACAGAGAAAGAACUUGAUGAGCCACUAGCAGAUUCUUUAGUGGAGUCUCCACAAAAAUCUCCGGUAACUUCCCAAACUAAAAAGAUAGAUAUUUCAAAGCGGGUAAGCAGUUCUACUAAACUAAAACGCAAACUUGAAACUGAACGCAAAGAGAAAGGUUUAGAACAGACACUAGCUUCUACUAAACCAAAGGUUAAAACUGAAACUGAGCCGGAAACAGAGAAAGAACUUGAUGAGCCACUACCAGAUUCAUUAGUGAAAUCUUCACAAAAAUCUCCGGUAACUUCCCAAAUUAAAAAGAUAGAUAUUCCAAAGCGGGCAAGCAGUUCUACUAAACUAAGAGGCAAACUUGAAACUGAACGGAAAGAGAAAAGUUUAGAACAGACACUUUCUUCUACUAAACCAAAGGUUAAAACAGAAACUGAGCUGGAAACAGAGAAAGACCCGGAUGAGCCACUACCAGAUUCAUUAGUGAAAUCUUCACAAAAAUCUCCGGUAACUUCCCAAAUUAAGAAGAUAGAUAUUCCAAAGCAGGUAAGCAGUUUCACUAAACUAAGAGGCAAACUUGAAACUGAACGCAAAGAGAAAAGUUUAGAACAGACACUUUCUUCUACUAAACCAAAGGUUAAAACAGAAACUGAGCCGGAAACAGAGAAAGAACUUGAUGAGCCACUACCAGAUUCUUUAGUGGAAUCUCCACAAAAAUCUCCGGUAACUUCCCAAACUAAAAAGGUAGAUAUUCCAAAGCGGGUAAGCAGUUCUACUGAAUUGAAAGACAAACUUGAAACUGAACGCAAACAGAAAAAAUCUGUUGCAAAUCCGUUGCAAGAUUAUGUCAUGAAACCUCUGCAACGAUCUUUAACAACUCCAUCAAACAAACGGACUAUUGAGUCUGAAAAGAUACAUAUUCCAAAGCGGGCAGCUACUGAUACUAAACCAAAAUUAAAAAUUGUAACUGAACAGAAAGUACAAAAGCAAAUACAGAAAACCGUGAUGAAAUCUACUCCAGGAAUUGCAGCAGGUCUUACUAAUAAACGCAUUGAAUCUAAAAAGGUAAUUAUUCCAAAGCGUGCAGUUAGUUAUAGUAAACUUAAAGUGAAAAUAGAAUCUAACCAGAAAGUUGAAAAGCAACCGGGGCCAUUCCAAAAGUCUUCAGUGAAACCAUCUUCAGCUAUGCCGGGAAAUAAGAAAUCAGAGUUAUCAUUGAGUGGUAAGCGUUCAGAAACUGAAAGAAAACCAAACUUAAUGAAAGGUGGUUUGACGGAACCUCAGCAAGCAGUUACAACAAAUUAUAAAACCUUGGAAAGUGAAUUGAUGAAAGAAAGUUCUUCCCAUUCAUUACAACCACAGCAAUCGGUCACAUCAGGAGAUGAAGUAAACAGCAAGAAAGUAGAGUCCUGUACGGUAUUAAGUGCAAAGCAAUCAUCUAUUCAUGACGGUUUCAUGACGAGUAUCGCUGAAACUGAAGAGAAGAUUGAAGAACCUCUGGUCACAAAGGAUACUGAUAGCGAAGCAGUUAUUGUUACAAAACCAGACAAUUCAAGUGAGAAUUUAAAAAGUAAAACGGACGAACCAUUGCAAGAUAUUGCUUUGAAUGAAACUAAAUUACCACCUAUGCAGCGGAAACAAGAUGAAUGUGAGAAAAAAAAAUUGUGUGAUUCAUUUCGUGAUUUAAAAAUAUCUGCGCAGGGAUCUAAAGUAGCAUUGACUCGUAAGACCACAAUUCAAUCAAAUAUAGUUGCAAGUUCUAGUUCAAAGCCCACUUUAAAAAAAACAAACCUGAAUGCACCUAAAGACAUGAAUAAACCUUCAAAGGAAGUCUUUAGAAAACCAGCGAUUCGGCUAAAUAAUACAGCUAAGCCACUUGCAGCAAAACGUGUUGUGACUUUCGCGAAAUCUAAAGAAAUCAUUGAAUAUAGAGACGAGAGUUCAGACUCACCAUCACGCAGUAGUUCAUUGAAAUCAAAACAUUCUAAACAGAAAGAUAAACAUUCUAGUACUUCAUUGCAUGGCAAACAAUCGAGUUCAAGACGAUUAUCCACUUUCACGAAAAUAAUCAAAAAAAUGGAUAGUGAAUCGAAUGACACGGGUUCUGAUGACCUGCUAAAAAAGUCUCUCGAAGGGCCAUCGCAAGCAUCUGCAGCAGGUGAUAUAGGCUUGAAAACCAAGAAACAGGAAGAGGACGACAUUACAAAAGCAGUGUUUGAUGCUCUCCGUGAGCUGAAUAUGGAACUUGAUUAUAUUCCUAUUGAAUUACGAAAUGGGACACCUGACGGUGAUGGGAUCAAUAAAUCUGACGAAAAAAUUACCAAUAAAUUAGAUGGUUCAGAAGUUGAAGAAACUUUUGGUAAGCGUUCUAUUUCAACUACAACUUUCGUGAAAUCUUCUCCCAGUGUUGACGGUUUGGUUGAUAUUGAUGAAGGCAUAAUAGAACCCAGUGAUUCAGUCAAAAAUGAUACAGAUGUACAAAAACCAGAAAUGGAUAAAAAGGAUGCUGUUGCUGAGCCUGAUUCAAAAUUAGAACGCAAAACCACAAAACCUAUCUCAAACAUACAAGCAGCCUCUAUUAAUAAGACGCGAAGGCAACCGUUUCAAUAUGCAAAGCCAGUUAUUCCUUUAAGAGAUCGGGCAGGUUUUCAAAAAUCUUUGGCAGAGCUUCCAACAUAUGGUGCAGUUAAAAAGCCAUAUGUUCCAGGGCGACUUCCAAAAUCGAAUACUAAACCUGAUUUAGUUAAACAAAAGCCAGGCAUAUCAAAAGUCACAGAGAAUAAAUUAAAGCAAGCACAAAAGCAAACAAGCGCUAAAGGUUCAAUUCCUAAAGGGAUACAUCCCAAUGCGUCACCUCGUAUUAAUGUCUCAGCAGCACGAGCAGCUGCAGUGACAAAUAAGGUAAAUAUCAAUCGUAAAUCUUUGAUUCCGAAACCUCGUCCACCACUUGAUAGGAACACAUCUGUUGGAAAAAAAUUUCCACCGUACAAUCGUGCUAAAAAUGAAAAUUUGAAAAGUAAACCUACUACGCCAAUUUGUGCAACGAAACGGAUAUUAGAUAAUGAUAAUGUGAAGACUACUGUAGCUUGUAAAACUAAAACCGUUAAAUGGAGUCAAACAGUUGAAAUAAAGCAGAAAGCACAAAUAUCCUCAACUAAAUCUAAAACUGCAAGUCAAAGUCCACGACGUCAAUUAUCGAGUCAGGGUCCGAAAACAUCACCACGUAAGACAAAUUUUAUGUUGAAUGCAAACGUAGACUUAAGCUCAUUGAAUGCUAAAGGCAUUUCUAUGCAAAAGAAGAAACGUUUCCAUCUUAAUUCUAAUCAAAACAACAGAAUAUCAGUUGUUAAUGGAUCAGUUAAUAUUGGAUCAACAAAGAAAUACUAUGGAUUAAAAACCGAUAAAUCGCAUUCUUCCAAUGUUGUCAAAGCAAGGCCAGGUAUUUUGAAACCUUCUCGUUCUGUUAAUAGUUUGGAGUCCCAACAAAAACCUGACAAGACACGCUUGUCUACAAUACAUAAGAAAAAGUUCGUAAGAUUCAAACAGAAGAUUUACGAAAUCGAACCAAAAAAAAUGGAAGCUGAACCAAUACUUCUAGUUCAACCAGAACCAGAGCCGGUUCCAGAAGUUAUUUUACCAAAGGCUUUCGUUAGCAAGAAAAUAAUUGAAUCCUUACCAAAUCAUGACACAGAAUAUCUAGAAAAAAUUGCUUUACUUAGAUUAAAAUUGGAAGCAGAUAUAUAUGCUGCUGAUUGUAAAUGGGUUAUGUUUGUAGCAGCAGCCUACUCGUAUAAUUGCGAUAUUCGUCUCAAUCCUUAUCCAGCACAAUAUAAAGGAUACGAUGGUAAAAUUGAUCAGACGCGACUUCUAUCUGAUAUAGAUGACGUUCCAAAGUUACAGAGAGUUUGGGAGAUAUUAAAGCAUCAUGAGUACAACAGACUUAAACCACAUGUGCUGUUUUUAUUGCAUUUUGUAUUAGUUGAACAUGAUUAUGUCGGCUUGGAAUCAGUACUUCUGAGCAAGGUACAAAAAAUAGUGCAUAUUAAUUUUGAGAACGACAGAGACCGGGCUCCCAAUUUUAUUUUUAGAGUUAAUUAUAGUCUGAAUACCCCUCAGGAAAUGACUUUCCAAAAGAAUAAGGAACUAUUUGAACAUAAACUUGGUUAUUAUAAUACUCAUGUCUCCAACUACCACAAUCUUCUACACAAUGGAUUUCCUUGGUUAGAAUCCAUAAUAGAAAGUGACGAUGAAAGUGAAAAUGCAAAUGCAGAUAAAAGCCAAAAAGAAAACGAAGAGCAAAAUGAAAAUGAAACCGAAAGUCAAAAGAAAAGCCAAAAGGAGACUCAAGAGAAGAGCCAAAAAGAGACCAAAAAGGAUGCCAGAAAAGACAGCCAAAAAGACGGCCAAGGUGAUGGCCACGGUGAUGGACAAGGUGAUAGCCACGGCUAUAGCCAAGGUGAUAGCCAAUGUGAUGGCCAAGGUGAUGGUCAAGAUGAUGGACAAGGUGAUGGCCAAAGUGAUAGCCAAAAGGAGAAGGAUAACGAGAUCAAAAAUCAAGAGGAAGAUGAAGAUGAAUCAGAUGAUGAUUCAAUGAUCGAUGACAUAAUUUUAACCAAGGAUUUGGAACCAGAUAUUGAAAACACAAAAGCUGGUUGGGGUAAAUCAAUGCUAGGAUCAUCAUUUACUAUUGUCGGGCUAACAAAUUUCAUCUUUGAUCCUGACUAUGUGGAAGCAAUAAAAGAUCCUGGCAAUAAAAAAGUUACUAUACGAAUUACGAAUCCAGAGUUGGCAGUAGUACGUUACAUGUUGGUUUACGCCAAGCGUGAUAUAUUUGAUAUGCCUGUUUACGAUCCUAGCCCGAUGGUCGUUACACCGACGCCUCAAUAUUAUUGGUAUGUGAGUGCGUUCUUAUAUGCGGCGGUGUUUGCAACUGCGGGCUACAAAUUGCAUUUGAGUGGAAUACAACCUCCAAAACCGGCAAUUGUGGAAAUGUUCGAUACGUUUUGUGAUACUGCUAAGUAUUGGGCACUAAAGAAAGCUGCGCAAAUACUCAAUUAAAGUACUUUAGGAAAAUAAAAAAAACUAAUAUUAGGCACUAAAAUUUCAAAUUAUUUCUUUAACUUUUUAUCAUUUUUCUAAAUCAUCAAAAUUUUAAAAUUGAAUCAAAAUUUACAAACCCGAAAUUUACUCUUGUUAGAAUG